AACAGUGAUUUCUUUAAUUUCACCAUGAAAGUAUUAUUGGUUCUCUCUCUGGCCUUAGCUUGUGCUUCGGCCGCCCCUGGUUACGAAAUUCCAGUCGUGCCUCGCGAUUUGAUUGUCGCAGGUGCCCCAGAAGGACGCAUCACCAAUGGUCAACAGGCUGCUCCUGGCCAAUUCCCAUAUCAAGUUGGCUUGUCUUUGCAGACCAAUGCUGGUUCAUUCUGGUGCGGUGGUUCCUUGAUUGGCAAUACUUGGAUACUGACGGCGGCUCACUGCACUGAUGGUGCUUUCAGGGUAACAGCCUAUUUGGGUUCAACCGUUCGCACUGUGGCCAGCGUCGUACACUCUGUGGACGCUAGCAACAUAUAUCAACAUUCUGGCUACAAUGCCUAUUACUUGUCCAAUGAUAUCUCGUUGAUCAGGAUUCUUGCAGUUGCCUACUCAAAUUUGAUCAAUAUUGCCCGAUUACCUGCUAUUUCAUCUGCGUACUCGACUUAUGCUGGAGACUAUGCCAUUGCAUCUGGUUGGGGUCGUACUGCCGAUACCGGUUCCGUGGCCAACAAUUUGAACUAUGCCCGUUUCGAGGUUAUCACCAAUGCCGCUUGCAACAAUUACUACAUCGCCGGUUUUGUUAAUUCUGGUACCCUUUGCAUUUCUACCCCCAAUGGCAAAUCCACCUGCCAAGGUGAUUCCGGUGGUCCAUUGGUUUUGGAAAAUACUAAUCUGCUGAUUGGUGUCACUUCAUUUGUGCCCACUGCCGGUUGCACCGUUGGAGGACCUGCUGGUUUUGUGCGCGUUACCACCUUUUUGCCCUGGAUUAGGGAUAUUUCGGGCAUUGCCUACUAAACGUCUGCUUUCACCAAUAUGAAAUAAAAUUGUGUUUAUUAUAGACUGCCAUCCGCAUAGGAGAAAAUUUAAUAAAAAUUACUUGAACUCUGGA